GUUCUACGGUAUAUAUAUAUAUAUACAUAUAAUAAACCUUAACUAAGUUGAUUCCUGACAUAUUUAUUCGAAACAUGUUGACCUAUGCAAAUGCAAUAGCAUGUUUGAUAGCAUUUCUACCAUUUGUUCAAAUGGUUACUCUUGAACAAGGUCUUGCAGACCCUGAUAAAUAUAUACGCUACGAUAGAGGAGAUUUCAACAUUGGAAUGCAUGUUGGCCUUUCUCUACUUAUAAACUAUGGAAUUCUAACGACUAUAGUCGUAUUUAUAGUUAUAGUAUCCAAGGCUCUUGGAUACAAACGUAAACGUCAUGCAUAGAUUUGGACAUAGAACAUGAUCCCUCAACGUCUUUUGGAACUUCUCAUCGAAUCUGUUUAUUAUUUUUCUCUCUCGUCAUUGUUUCAACUGUAAUGAAUAACGCAUAGUAAAGAAUGAUCUGCACCGUUAAACUAGUUUGCCGGUUAGCUCCAAAAGUGUUGUUUUUUGAUCCCGAUUGAUUGAUUGUCACCUUUUCUGUAUAUGUGUGUGUAUAUAUAAUAUAUGAACAAUGGAAAGACAUACUCUCUCUCUCACACACACACACACAUACCGAAAAGGUGGCAAUCAAUCAAUCGGGAUCAAAAAACAACACUUUUGGAGCUAACCGGCAAACUAGUUUAACGGUGCAGAUCAUUCUUUACCAUGCGUUAUUCAGUAACUAUACACCCAAUAUAUAGAUAUAUAUGUAUUAUACGUUUAAAUAAACUCAGUGAUUGAAUCCGAUU